CCUUGAAUCAAUGUGCCGUGAAGAUCUGCAAAGUCUGACUGCAGCGGAUUAAAGAGGAAAUGCACUGACUGUGUGAAACUUAAAACAGAGGAACUUUUUUGCAGACUUGUGGCUGUUGUUCUGAGGGCAAAAUGGCACAACCAGGAAGUCUUGUUAAUUCAGGUAAAUUUCUUUGUUCGAUCUGUCAAGAAAUAAUGAAGGAUCCGGUAACUAUUCCCUGUGGACACAGCUACUGUAUGAACUGUAUCAAAAUUCACUGGGAUGGAGAAGAUCAGAGGAGAAUCCAAAGCUGCCCUCAGUGCAGGAAAGAGUUCAUACCGAGGCCUAUGCUGGUGAAGAACAUCGUGUUAGCUGAGUUAGUGGAGGAUCUAGAGAAGACUGGAAUCCAAGCUGCAGCAGCUGAUCACUGCUAUGCUGGACCUGAAGAUGUGGCCUGUGAUGUCUGCACUGGGAGGAAGAUGAAAGCUGUUAAAUCCUGUCUGAUCUGCAGGGCUUCUUACUGUGAGGAUCAUCUCCAGCCUCACUAUGAAUCAUUAAAUUUUAGAAAACAUAAACUAGUUCAAGUUUCUACCAAACUUCAGCAAAGGAUCUGCACUCUUCAUGAUGAGGAGAUGAAGAUCUAUUGUCGUACUGAUCAGCAGUGUAUCUGUUAUCUCUGCACUAUGGAUGAACAUAAAGGCCAUGAAACAGUCCCAGCCGCGACCGAAAGGGCUGACAGGCAGAAGGAGCUCCAGGAGAGACGACAACAAAUCCAGCAGAGAAUCCAGGACCAAGAGAAAGAUGUGAAGCUGCUUCAACAGGGAGUGGAGGCCAUCAACGUAGCUGCUGAUAAAGCAGUGGAGAACAGUGAGAAGAUCUUCACUGAUCUGAUCCGUCUCAUCCAGAAAAGAAGCUCUGAUGUGAAGCAGCAGAUCAGAUCCCAGCAGGAAACUGAAGUGAGUCGAGUCAAAGAGCUUCAGGAGAAGCUGGAGCAAGAGAUCACUGAGCUGAAGAGGAAAGAUGCUGAGCUGGAGAAGCUCCUAAAAACAGAGGAUCACAACCAGUUUCUCCAGAACUACCCCUCACUGUCAGCACUCAGUGAAUCUACACACUCAUCCAGGAUUGUUCUACCUCUGAGAGACUUUAAGGAAGUGACAGCAGCUGUGUCAGAGCUCAGAGAGAAACUGUUGGACAUUUUGAAAGAAAGAAUAAAAAGGACAAGAACAAUGCCAGUCAUGAAAGUGAAAGUCUCACAACCAGAGCCAGAACCUAAAAACAGAGAUGACUUCCUGAAAUAUUCACAAGCGAUCACUUUUGACCCAAACACGGCUCACACAGAUGUUUCAUUGUCUGAGGGGAAUAGGAAAGCAACAUUAACAAAACAACAACAGCCAUAUCCUGAUCAUCGAGACCGAUUCACGUAUUACGAUCAGGUCCUCAGUAAAGACAGUCUGGAAGGACGCUGUUAUUGGGAGGUGGAGUGGAAAGGGGAAGGAGUUCGUCUAGCUGUCACUUACAGGAGUAUCAGACGAGCAGGGGUCUCAGACCAAUCUGCAUUCGGACGAAAUGACAAAUCUUGGGCUUUACGCUGUGACAGGACUGGGUAUCAGUUUUGGCACAAAAAUACUUUGGAUAAAGUAUCAGGUCCAGUUUCCUCCAGAAUAGGAGUGUAUCUAGAUCACAGAGCAGGUAUUCUGUCUUUCUACAGCGUCUCUGAAACCAUGACUCUCCUCCACAGAGUCCAGACCUCAUUCACUCAGCCUCUAUAUGCUGGAGUUUGGCUGUUUAAUUAUGGGACCACUGCAGAGUUCAUUAAGGCUAAAUAGGACCGGUCCAGUGACAGGAGGUCAUUUAAGUAUGAUGUCAGCAACAAUUUUAGAUUGGUGGGCUCAUAUUUUGGGCUGACGUUGGGUCAUAAUGACUAUGGGCUCUGAUAGGUACCCCUCUUUUUAGCUCCCAGAGGCCUAAUCGCUAAGUUUUAUGCCCUUUAAAGUUUUUGCUACUAGCUGCCUGGCCUGUGUCUGAACAAGCCCCUUGUGUAUGUUUGGUUUGUGGGCAGCUGCUCCUUUGCUUUACUGAUUACCUCCCUCUUCCAAGUUGUAUAGUUGCCCUGGUACCAUCCUGUAUGCUCAUCUGCCUAGAACUGCCGCAUUAUUUCAGAGCCAAGUCCACCUGUGUGAGUGUUGAAAGCGUUCU